AUGAUUUCAAUAAAUAAUAUAAAUAAUAUAAAUAAUUUAGAAGUAGCAGUUAUUGGUAUAGGUUUUAGAGCUCCAAGUGGUAGUUUAUCAAAAUCAAUUUCAAAUACAAAACAACUGUGGGAUAGUUUAAUAAGUGGUUUUGAUGGUGUUGUAGAAACAUCUGAUAGAUGGUCUGAUAACUAUCAUGCCGCUGGUGAUAUCGUUUCCAAAUACGCUGGUCUCAUUCCGCUUGAAGAAUGGAAGUCUUUUGAUCCUGUUUUCUUUGGUAUCCAUCCAAGUGAUGAACAUGUCAACACAAUCGAUCCACAACAAAGAUUGCUAUUAAAGUGCACAUGGGAAGCACUCGAAGAUGCUGGUAUAGAUCCAUCAACAUUAAGAGGUUCAAAAACAAGUACUUUUAUAGGUUCCUCAACUUCCGAUUAUGAUAGUGUCAAUAGAUCUCCAUUUGAAACUCAAAAAAAUAUUUUUGGUGCAUCAAUUCACUCAGUAGCUAAUAGAAUAUCAUACUGUUUCGAUUUUCGUGGUGAGUCAAUUACAAUCGAUACUGCAUGCAGCUCGUCAUUAAAUGCAAUUAAUUUUGGUUACAAAUCUAUAAAAGGAGGUCUAUCUGAUGUCUCGGUUGUAGGUGGUGUUAACUUUAUACUUGACCCAAAUAUAUCAAAAUCAUUUUCCCAUCUAUCAAUGUUAAGUCCAACUGGAAAGUGUUACUCAUUUUCCUCAGAGGCUGAUGGCUUUGUACGUUCUGAGUGUGUUGGUAUAAUUGUAUUAAAGAAUUUACGACAAGCAAUUAAAGAUGGUAAUAAUAUUUAUUGUGUUAUCAAAGGUUCAAGUUCAAAUGUUGAUGGUAGUUAUGAUAAAGCAAACUUUUAUCAGCCAUCAAAGUCAUCUCAAUAUGAAAAUAUUAAAUCUGCAAUUGAAUCUACUGAUGGCCAAAUCAAUGCUUCGGAUAUCGAUUAUAUUGAAUGUCAUGGUACUGGUACACCAACUGGAGAUCCAAUAGAGUUAGAGGGUAUUUCAAGAGUAUUCAAAGAUACAAAUAAACAAGUUCUAAUUGGUUCUAUUAAAUCAAAUAUUGGCCAUGGUGAAGCAUCAUCAGGUGUACUAUCAUUAAUCAAAUGUUGUGUUAUGUUUAAAAACAAAUCAUUUGUUCAAAAUAUCAACUUUAAAUCACCAAAUCCAGAUAUCAAGUUCGAUGAAUGGCGUCUAAAAGUAGUAACUGAACCAACACCCUUUUGUAGUAACAAAAAUAUUACUAUGGCUGUUAAUAACUUUGGUAUAACUGGAUCGAAUUGUUGUCUCAUUUUAUCGGAAUACAAACAAGAUAAUAUUCAAAAUGAAAACACUGCAAUUAAAAAGUAUUUAAUUCCAUUCUCGUCAAACUCAUCAACAUCCUUAGAUAAAUAUAAACAAAUUAUCAACGAUCAUUCAGAAAAUGUGUCUUUUAAUGAAUUUGCAAAUAAUCAAAUUAAAAAUAAACCAACAUCACUUGUUCAAAGAUCAGUUAUUAUUGCAAGUAAUUGGGAAGAGUUUAAAGAUUCAAAAAAUGAAAUUAGAUCAUCUAAUAUAAACACCAUUUCAAACAUUACAGUUAAAAAUAACAAACCCUUUACAGUUUUUGUAUUUUGCGGUCAAGGCCCACAAUAUAAUAAAAUGGCAAUGGAACUAUACGAAAAUGAACCAAUUUUCAAACAAUCAGUAGAUAAGUUCGAUACUGAACUAUUCAAAUAUUAUGGGUACUCUGUUUUAAAAAAGUUAAGAUCAAUUGAUGACAAAGAUACCAUAUCAAUUCAUGAACCAAUUCUUGCACAACCAUCAAAUGUAAUGAUUCAAGUAUCAUUAUUCGAACUUUAUAAACAUUGGGGUAUCAAAGCAGAUAUAGUUACUGGACAUUCUCUUGGUGAAAUUGUGGCAUCUCAUUGCUCUGGAAUCAUUGAUUUCGAAACUUUAUGUUAUGUAACAUAUCACAGAUCUGUAGCACAAAAUAGAACAAAUGGUUGUGGUAAAAUGUUAUCGAUAAACAUAGGUGCCGAAGAGUAUUUAAAAGAUUAUUCAUCAAAAUAUCCAUCAUUAGAGAUUUCAUGUUACAAUUCACCAUCAUCAAUUGUAAUCUCUGGUAAAGAAAAUAUUUUAAACGAAAUUACUACUGAACUAAAAUCAAAAGAGGUAUUUUGUGCAAUGUUGGGAUCACCAUCAUCAUUCCAUACAUCAAGUCAGUUAGCAAUCAAAGAUGAACUUCUUUCGUUAAAUUUUAAAUCAAAACAAUCAACAACACCUAUAUUCUCAACAGUUACAACCAACUUAUUAAAUCACGAAACAACACCAUUCAAUGCAGAAUAUGUUUUCGAAAAUGUUCUACAACCAGUUAGAUUCGCACAAACCAUUUCAAACAUAUAUAAAUAUAUUGAAGAAAACAACUAUGGUAAUCAAAUCACUUUUAUUGAAGUUGCGCCACAUUCAGCAUUAUCAUUCUAUUUAAAUCAAAUGAAAUCACAACAAUCACCAUAUUUUGAAAAUGGUGAAGGAGUUGCCAUAUUUUCACCACUUCACAAAAAGAAAAAUGACCAUGAUGAAUUCUUAAAAACAAUUUCAACACUUUAUACAAACCAUUCAUUUAAUAUUAAUUUCAAAUCACAAUUAAAUCAAAAUAAUAACAAUGGUAUUUAUAAACAAUCAAACGAUCUGCCAUUGUAUCAAUGGGAUGAUAAAAUGUAUUUCAAACAAAACUCAGCAUAUGAAAAGAUUAGAAAAGAAGGACCUUCAAUUCAACAUCUUGGCAAUUCAAAUGAAUCCCCAUCUAAAUCAUAUCAAGCAUUUAUCGAUACUAAAAAGUUACCAUUUCAAUGGCUAAAAGGACAUCAGGUAAAGGGAAAAUACUAUUUUCCAGGAUGUGGAUAUAUCACCAAUUUAUUCAAUAUAUAUCCAAAUCAAGACAUUACAAUCGGCUCAAUCGAAUUUAAAACACCAUUAGUAUUACAAGACGGUGUUGACCAAUGUCUACAAACUACAAUUAAUACACUUUCAAAAAAUGAAUUCAAUGCCAAAUCUCACUUUAAAGAUUCAAUUUCAAACCAAUGGGUAUUAUGUUCAACUUCAAACUUUAGUCUAUUUAAACAUGGUGGCGAAAUAAAUCAAAUCAACAUUGAAGAAUUAAAAAAUAAAUGCAAUUUUACCAAGAUAUCAAAACAAGAACUCUACGAAUCAAUUAGAAUCAAAACUGGAUUAACAUAUAAAGGUUUAUUCCAAGGUGUUAAAGAAUGCUAUGUUGGUAAAAACUGUUCUCUAUCGGUUGUAUCAUUAAAUGAAAUUCAAAAUCAAAAUGAAUUUAAUCAUUUACUUAAAAAUGAUACCAUGACAUCAUUUUUUAAUGCUGCUAUAUUAGAUACAUGCUUACAUGGGUUGUUAGGUUUUAUUAAACACCAAUGCCAAAUUGUAUUAGAUAGUGUCGAAGGAUUAAAAUACUAUUCAUCCAACAUACCACCAUCAAAUGAACAUUCUGAAAUAUAUGUAUAUUCCGAAAUGAAAUCAAGAAUUAGCUUAUACUCAUACUCUGGAUCAAUUAAAAUAAUGCUAAAGGAUGGCACAUUAUUAAUUGAAAUUGCAAAUAUAAUUUGCACAUCAAUCACACCAAUAAUCGACAAUACAUUAAUUACUCCACCACCAUCAAACGAAAUCUAUAUACCAUAUCAACAAUCAAAAGAUUCACUAAUCGAAAAACCACAAGAACUCAGUCAUUUAUAUCAAACCAAUGGAAGAAUAAUUGAUGAAUAUUUUAUUUCAAAAGAAUACCUAUUAUCAGUAUUUUACUACCAUAUUAAUCAAAGACGUCCAAAUAUCAACAAUGAAACAAUACCAACAAUGGAAUUUAGCCAGUUUAAACAACUCUAUUAUAAUGAAUCAGUAAAUGAAAACCAAUUUUUCUUUUUAUUUGAAGUUUUAAAAAAAUAUAAUACUUUAGAUACCAAAGAACAAAUAAACCAACUCACAUACAGCGAUGAUAAAAAUGUUAGAAUUUUCGAAAUAGCAACCAAAGUAAUGUCAAAACAAAUAUUCCCUUUAGAAGAUGACGAUCCUAAUACAGAUAAUGCUCAAUCAUUGUUUGAAGAUGGACUAUUAGAUAACUUUUACAAAAAUUUAAAACCUAUUAGUCGAUUAAAUGAUUUGUUGGGUUACUUUGUUGCUGAACCAAUUAAAGCAACUAUUAAUGAACCAAUAGUAUUUAGAAUAAUAGAAUUUGGAGGUGGUGUAGGCUCAUUAACAAUAUUAGUAUUAGAUAGAAUCAACCAACUAUUAAACGACAAUCCAUCAUCAAAUAUUGAUAUAGAAUUUACAUGGAGUGAUAUUUCCGCAUCAUUUUUUUCAGAUAUCAAAGAAAAGCUUUCAAACAUCAAAGGUGUAAAUAUAAUUUAUCGUGUUCUAGAUUUAGACAAGCCAUUAAAAGAACAAGAUUUAAGACCAUCCUAUUAUGAUAUGGUUAUAAUGUCGUAUGUAUUGCAUGUCUCAAAACAAAUUAAAUUUAGUUUAAAUGAAAUAUACAAUAUUAUAACACCAAAUGGUCAAUUACUUUUCGUAGAGGCACCAUUUAAAUCAUUAUUUAUUGAUUCACUCUUCGGUGUAUUCCCACAAUGGUGGCCAUCAAAAGAAGAUAUUGAAAUCAGAAAUGAUAGAAACUGUUUGAAACAAGAAAGUUGGUUCAAAAUACUAAAUGAAUGCAACUUUAAAGACACAACAAUGUAUGGAAAUGACAAAUCAAUCUUUUUAAUACAAACAAGAAAACCAAAUAUAAACGAAACAGUAUUAUUAAAUAAGGAAUCAAUGAAAGAAUUAUCUUCAUAUGAUAAUAUUGUGUUGUUUGGAAGUAGUAAAAAUGGGUCAAAUAUUAACGAAUCAUUUAAAUCAAAUACACUAUUUAAUUCAAAAAUAAAAAAAAUGGAUUCCUUCAAUGAAUUUAAUACUUGGAUUCAAGAAUCAAUCGAUUCAAUUAAACAAAGUAAAACACUAAUCGUUUUUUUGAAAGCAAUAGAUCCAUUAGAUAUAACCAACUUUAAAGAAAUAACGUUUGAAUAUAUUCAAAUCAAUCAGCUUUUACUUCAACUUCAAAUUGAAAGUCAUUUUAAACAUGUUUUAAUUUUAUCAAACUCAACAUCAAAUAACUAUUUGUCAUCAUCACUCAAUGGCUGCUCAAGAUAUUUAGUAGAAUUCCCUCAGUUAGUUUUAUAUUCAUUAGAUUUCGAUACUAUUUCAAUUCAAAAUGAAAAUGUAUUAUCAAUCAUUGAUAUAUUAAUAAACUCAACAACAAAUAACCAUAGAGAGUUUACAAUUAAAAACAACACAGUAUAUUUUGAAAGAUACAAAAAACCCAAAAUUAAACAAUCAUUUACAUCAAAUUCGUUCGAAACAAAUAAAGACAACUUAAUGAUUCAUCUUGAUCAAAAUUUAGAAUAUGUAUUAACAACUAAAAAAGAACUAAAACCAAAUGAAAUCGAAAUCGAAAUUAAAGGUUCUGGCAUCAACUAUAAAGACUAUUUAAUGUAUAUUGGUCAAGUACCAAUUAAUCUUGAUCCUAAAUUCAGCAAAGACGAGGAGUUUGAAAAUGGAUUAAAUCAAUAUCCAAAUAUCGGUAAUGACUUUAGUGGUAUUGUUACUCGUUGUGGGGAUAUUGUAAAGAAAUUAAAAGUAGGUGAUGAAGUGUUUGGUACAGCUUCAAAAUCUAGUGGGUCACAUAUUAUAAUAGAUCAUAAAUAUGUAUGUUUCAAACCAAAAAGUAUGAGCCAUGUCCAAGCAGCAUCUAUUCCAUCAGUUUAUGUUACAACACUACAUAGUAUUUUCUAUAUGGGAAAUUUACAACCAGAUCAAACUAUUUUAAUUCACUCAGCAACAGGUGGUGUAGGUCUUUCAUCAUUAGAACUAUUAAAAUGUAAAGAACACAAAGGUUAUAUAUUUUUAACUGUUGGCUCAAAAGAGAAAGAACAAUAUUUAAUGGACAAAUAUGGCUCAUUUAUUACUGGUAUCUAUUCAUCAAGAAAUAAAAACUAUGUUCACCAAAUUAAAAACAAAUUAAUAGAAUUAGAAUGUGAUGAACACCAUCAAGGUGUAGAUUUAAUAUUAAAUACAUUAUCAUCAGAAUAUAUGGACUCAAACUUUCAAUGUCUAAAUACUUGUGGUAGAAUUGUCGAUCUUUCAAUUACACAUUUAACACCAAAUGACUAUAUGACAAACAAUCACUUUAAAUACAACUAUGGAUAUAAUAAUGUAGAACUAGUAAAAUUUUCAACCUCAUUAUUCAAAUCUUAUUUAAAAAAAAUAAUCAAAAUGUUUAAUUUAAACAAAUUAGAGCUUGUUCCAAUUACUGAAUAUUCAAACAGUCAAUUUAAAGAUGCAAUUGAAUAUGUUAAUAAAAGACAACAUAUUGGUAAAAUCGUUGUAAAUCAUGACAAUGAUAUGAUAUCAAAAGUAUUUAAUGAACAAAAACAAAAUGACACAAUUAUUAUGAAGAAUAGCUACGAUAUAUCAAGAUUAAAUAUGGGCAAAAAUAUAUUGGUAACAGGUCAAACUGGUAUUAUAUUAGAAAUAUUACAAUGGCUGGUUAAAUAUUCAAACAAAUCAAUCGAAAAUAUAAUUAUCUUGACAAAAUCACCAUUAAAAUGGGAAUUAGAACUAUUAAUCAAUCAAACUAAACAUCAAAAAGACAAUUCAAUUAACUUCCACUUUAAUCAAAUCGAUAUCGAAAAUUGUAACGAAAUUCAAAAAGUAUUAAAUGACCUAGAAUUAAAUUCAAACAUUACAAAUAUUGAUACAGUAAUUCACUUUGCAUUUGUAAAUGAUAUUGGUGAUCUUAAGGAUGUCGAUAUGAAUCGUUUAAAUAUUACACAUGGUGCAAAAACAAUUGGCGCAGUUAAUUUACACAAUGAAUCAAUUCAACGUUCAUGGAAAGUAAAACAAUUUAUAAUGGCAUCUUCAGCGGUAUCAGUUAUAGGUUCAGAAAGACAAUGUUGUUAUGUCAGUGCUUGUAGUGUAAUUGAUUCAUUAUCAAAAUACAGAAAAUCAAUUGGACUACCAUCCAUAUCCAUUAAUUUAGGUGCAAUAGCAUCAACUGGUUUUGUUUCAAGAAACGAAGCAGUCGAGAUGAUGUUAAAAUCUUUAGUUUCAGUUUUUAUUUCCCCUCAAUUAAUAUUAAGUUCACUUGACCUUUUCAUUCAAGAUAAAAACAAACAUCCAAACUAUUGCUUCACAAACUUCAAACAUAAAGAUCUAUUAAACUCAAACCAUAAUCUUUUCAAGUUUGACUAUGAAAUCAAUAUAAUUAGAAGAUCAAAAAAAUCAAAAAAUGAUAAUUGUAGUAGCGAUAGUAUAAAAUCCAAAAUCAUAAAUAAAAUUUCAGAACUAUUAUCAAUUGAUGAAUCGAAAAUCAACUUGGAAUUUCAAUUAACCCAGUAUGGCCUCGAUAGUUUAGUUAUUGUUCAAUUAAAGAACUGGCUAGAUAAUCAAUUUGGAACCAAUUUAAUUACAAUCCAACAAUUACAAAAUAAUAAAAUAUCACAAUCACUCGAAAUUAUUACCAAAGGUUAUAAAAACAAAUCCAUGACAAAUUCUAAUAAAGAAAAUAAUACUAAAAUAACAAGCGAAGAUUUUAUUAAAGAAGAAAUUAAACUAGAAGACUCUAUAGUUUCAAAACCUUAUUCUUUAAAAUCAAUUUUAAAUAAUAAUAACAACAAGUCAAUCCUAUUAACAGGUUCAAAUGGAUUCUUAGGUUCAUAUUUAUUAAGUCAUUUAGUUAAAAUGGAAAGUUGUUCAAAAGUGUAUUGCCUAAUAAGAAAUAAAACAAACUUACCCAAUCCUAUGGACGAAAUUGUAAACAAACUAAAACACCAUCAACUAUAUGACUCUAUUACACAACAACAACUAUCAAAGAUUAUUAUAGUUAUAGGUGAUAUUUCAAAAGAAAAGCUAGGUCUUUCCAAUGAAAACUAUACACUCAUUUCAAAUGAAGUUGAUAUUAUAAUUAAUUCAGCAGCAUAUUUAAAUCUACUAUCAAACUAUCAAGAAAGCAAAGCUAUCAAUUCCAAUUCUCUUAAAGAUAUUAUAAAACUGUCAGUCUCAAACAAAACACAAAAACUUAUUGUUCAUUUUUCGUCAUACUCUGUCUUUUUCAACCAAUCUCUAAAUGGAGAAGAAUUCGAUGAAAAUAAAAUAUUGCCAAGAUUUGAUAAUAUUUCAGUUGGGUAUAUUCAGUCAAAAAUAGUAUCAGAAUGUUUAUUAACACAUGCUGAAAAGUCAAGAGGUAUCCCAUCAAUCGUUCUUCGUUUACCAGAUAUAUGGUCAAAUCCUGAAACUGGUAUUGGUCAUCCAACCGAUAUUUUCCAACUAGCAGCCCAAGCAUCUGGUAUUAUUGGCUACUAUCCAAGUUUAUAUAACUAUGCAUAUCUUUCACCGAUAACAGUAUUAUCAAAAAACAUCAUCAAUAUAAUAUUUAAUGAAAAAAGCUGGUUAAAUCAAAACAAUUCAAAUUCAAUUUAUAGUUUAUAUGGCAAUUCAAUUGAAGCAACAUAUAUUUAUAAUUUAUUAGAGAAACAUUAUAAUUGCGAAAAAAUAGAAUUCGAAAAAUGGAAAGAAUUAGUAUCAAAAUCAAAGCAUCCAUCAUGCAUUAAAUACAACUUAUUCCACAGAAGUUUUCCUUCAAAUAUUUAUGUUGAAAAAGAUUUUAAAAUGUCAAAUAAAACUAAAGAAUUAUUAAAAUCAAUAGGUUCAUACGAUGAAAAUGAUUGGUUAAUGGAUGAUAGAAUGAUUAUAAAUACCAUAAGCCACAUAAAGUAAAUUUUAAAUAUCAAAAUAAAAAAAAAAUAAACUUUUUUAGAUUUUUAU